GAUUCCAUUUGCCUCUCAUUCUGCACUUAAAGUUGUGUGACACUUGUUGGGAUGAUGCAAGGGGCUAUAUUUGACUCGCCUGUUUGCAAGAGACAAAUGAGUCACUUGCCCAGCCACCUACACAAAAACAGCCCCGGUGUCCAACAGGGAAAACAGGCAACCGGCUCUGGCUCUGAGCGAAUAGCUGUUGUCGUCUCUUUUGGGGGCCGUGUGGUAAUACGCAGACAGUAAUAGCGCUUAUGCGCCCAAAAACCAAAAUAGCAGAUGACCGUUUCCAUUUCAUCUGCCUGCCACCGGACACCAACUGCGCUUCCCAGCCCCUGCCCAUGCUACUACUGUGUUUGUGCUUCUGUUCCGCAGGGGGCUUCUAGGAGAGGAACUGUGAGGAUUUCACCAUCAAUGGAUUUGUUGCAGAAUGGAAUAUGGAGAUCCAAGUUGUAAAAGGAGAAUCAUGGUAGUGGUAAAUGUUUGGUCAUGGCAACCUGAGAUGUUCCCAGCAUUAGCCUGAAGAACAGGACUAUAUAUUCAUCAUGAACUGUCUAGAAAAACGACAUUUGAGCCAUAAAGCAAACAUGCAGAGCCUUGGCUACCUGGAUAGCUUUAUGGAUGAAACGGAUCGAGAGGUCAUGAACCUCACAGACCGUGCCUUCAAGAGCCUAUGCAUCGGUGAUGAGGCCAUCUACAAUGACAGUGAGUUCUCACCAUCACCAGUGAGCUGUCACAAGCCGCUAGCUGAAGAAAUGCCAAAAAAGACUCAAGAGAACUCUUCUUUGGCUGUCAAGAAGCACGGAGCUCACCCUCUCAAUGGUCUUAGUAAAAGUACAUCACUAUUCGCAGCAUUCAUGGCUAAGAAAAACGGAAACACCACCAAGACAAUAAAUGGGGACUCGUGGGACAAAUCAGCACUGCUUAGCAUUCAAAGAGAACUCUCAGACUUUUCUUCAGAUUUUCAGAUUUCCCAGGUCGAGAAUCAUCUAUACCCAUCAGAGCAGAGCAACAAAUCUAGCAAGGACACAACUACUCAAUCAGGGAAAUCAACCAAAGGCAAACACAACAAAUCCAGUAAGCUAAAAAAAUUGAAUUCCAAAAACUUCUUCCUGCACAGCGAAUUCAGCCCAUUCCAGUCCUGGAGGGACCUAAAUAAGUUUCCUUUUGGAUUGGAGAACAUGGAAAUUUUCCAAAGCGAUAGCCCACCUGAAUGGUAUGAUUCCCCACUUUACAAAAAACUAACCCUGUCACACAGAUCACAUGUUCCACAGUCAAACAAGGAGGAGACGUGCCAGAACACUUCACUUCCAGCCAUUCAAGAUAAACCUGAACCCGACAUAUCACAACAACCAGCACAGACUUUGACAACAGUGACUUUGAAAGCAGAAAUCCAAACUAAGACUCAGCCUCAAGUUUUGCUGCCAUCUUCUGGAUCUGAGCAGAGGUGUCAGUCUGAAGGGGACCAUUGUGCCCCCUGGAGGAAGAACCGUAACAGGGCAAAAAGUGCAGUCCCUAUUGGUCAGGCCCUUAUGAGCUCAUUUGCUUGUAAAGCUGGAGAAGAAGGUGUACUACCAAAUAAGAAGGCAGUCAGGACAAUGGAAGAACAAGCCUCCUUAAGUUCAACUCCGUUUAGCAUUUUACACCUGCUAACUCCGGUCAUACCCUCCAGGCAGGGGACAGGAAGCUCAGAGGUCCUUCAAAGUGUUUUCUCACCAUCUACCCUUGAUUUACCACCACUUCCUGAAACAGAGAUGCGCCCCUCACCUGAGAUCAAACGGGAAGGCUACAAAUCCAUGGCAUCAAGUCUGCUGUUCAAUCUCAAGGACAACAGAAAACGGGUCAAGGCGAUGUACAGUCCUCCGAGGUUCAAAGGCUUAGAUUCAGCAGACCAAAGCAAACUGUCUCCUCUGAUUGAACAGAUCAUCACCAAAAGUGCUCAGGAGGUUCCAGAGAUUCCUGAAGCUGAAAUCCCAUCACCUGUUCACCAGAAAGUCCAUGCAUCACCAGUGUGUCUUCUUCCAGAGAGUGCAGACCAACCAAACUCUCAGGGUGGACAUAUAAAUGGGGGUUUGCCGGAUGACUUCUUGGCACUAAGUCUGCUGCAAGCUGGAAACAGAGACUCUCCUAUUAAACCGCUGAAGUCCAACAAGGGCCGUGCAGUUAACAAACCCACUUACCCAUCUUUAAAUCUGUACCGGAAAGCUAGUUCUGACAUUAAAACCAUGGGUGUCCUUGAUUUUCAUCCUCCCACAGAUAAAAACACUAAGGAAGGACAGGGCAUAGAUACAAGUCAAAAGGAUGGUAAAGAACUGCCAAGAAAGCCUAGCAUGAUUCCACCAGCAACACAUCAGAACAACACUGACAAUACAAGUGAAGGCACCCAUAUAAACUAUGCCAAGACUAAAAUAACUGCAGGAGAAUUGCAGACUGAGAAUGCGGAAAAGGAAAAAUAUCCCCUUGCAGUUGUAAGAAAGCACAAUGCAAGAUUGGAUGCACUGACACAUUCAGGUAGCAGAAAUCAGGACAUGGGAGAAAUGAAAAAGGUAGAACAAAAACCUGUCAAAGAUCAGGAAUGUUCUAGAAAGGAUCCAAAACACAAGCAUUCGUUUUCAGCCAGACAGAACAACUACAUAAAAAACCAGAGAUAUAUGAGCACAGAUGACAAGGGGGAAGAUGGUUAUGGUGAAGAGGGGGUAGCAUCUGCAGUGGCAAAGGUAAAUAAUGGUGAUGCACUUGUAAGGAAGUCAGGAAGUUCAAAUGUGAGGGCAGAUAGGAAAAGUAAAAAGAAUGUAGGUGUGCAUAAAGGUAAAGAAUUAGUAGAUGGAAAACCAGAUGGCUUAGGUGAAAGUACUAAAAAGGAUGUUUUCAGCAUAAAAGACUAUACAAAUGUUGUGGCUACUUACCGUGAACAAAGAAUGGCCAAAAAUGACACUCAGUCUAUGAAGGGAAACACAUCAGCGAAAAGAGCUCUGUUUGCCGCAAAGGAACAAAUGCUCACCAAGACAGCUGCAGCUCUGAAGAAGGAGAGCAUGGAAAUGGAUAAGUAUGAGCUAGCAAAGGCUGCACUGGAGGAAGUGAUUGCUGAGCGUGAACAUAGAAAAAAGCAAAGUCAAAACAUUUUGCCCACCAGUGAAGGUGAUCUUGAGGAGCAAGAAGCUUUAAUCAUGCAGGAAGACUACAAGCAGGUGAAUAUGUCAUCAGCAAGUCAGAAGGACACAGUAGAAGAUGUUACAGGAGACAGGAGAGGAGGUCAUAAGGGCAUUUCUGAUUUUAAACAUAUAAGCCAAAUUGUUCAAACAAUGUCAGAAAUUGAUACCAAACAUGAUGAAAGUCAUGUGGUUGAGGUAAAUUUAGCCAGGCCCUGUAAGCAGGAAGAUGCUGCCGAGUACCGCCAGCAUGCAGCUGGACCGAUAAAAUAUUCUGAGAGAGACAGAUUUGGCAGAUAUAGACGACAAAGUGAGACUGAUAAUAUCAAGCCACUGGAGAAGGUAACUGAACAUAAUAAAAAAGAGCCUGAGCCUAAAAACAUAAGCCUUGACAAAGAGAGUACAAGAGUUUCUAAUACCAACAGUAACACUAGGCAAGGUGAGGAGUCAUACGUUCAGAAAAAGAGCACUUUGUCCAGACCAGAGAUUCCUCCUAGAAGAGGGAGAGCAAACUCGCAAAGUGAGGAAAGUUUAGUAUUUGAAACAGCAGGAAAGGAAGCUGAAAAAUCUGUUAAAAAUGAAGAAUCAGUAAGCAGUGAGGACAAGGAGGUGAAAGCAAAUUUACCAAAGGAUAGAGGACCCAUAAAAGGGCAUGUGUCAGCCCUUAAGGAAAGAUUUGAUGUAGAAAGAGGAGUGCAAAGCAUAAAUAUUCAGAAUAGUUUGACUCAAGCAGAGGGUCCCAAGGAUGACCCUGAAAUGGAUAAAAUGAAACAAAAGGUUUCGGAUGUUUUGGAGAGUGCUCCUGUAUUUGAAAAUACAUCAACAAGGCAUAAUCUUAAAGGAGCAGGGACACGUUUAGAAAAGGAACCUGACAAAAAUUCAAAACUACCAGUGAGGACAGACAGAAAUACAGACAGAAAGUUUGAUUAUGUUCAAGAUUUUGAAAAUAUUGAAUGUGACAUAAUGGAGAAAAAGGAUGUGAAUAAAAAGGAAAGUGGGCUUGCUUUGGAGGUUUUGCAGGAACCACAUGCCAAUCGAAACCAAUCCAAAGAUCACAGUACAAGCUCUGUCAAAGAGCUUUCAAGUGGCCCUAUUGGAAAGUCAAAUGCAGAAAAGAUAAAACCUGAAAGUGAAUCUCAAAAAGAAGUCUCCACAGAGACAUCAAAAACUUCAGGAUCAGUACAAAAUGAUGCUAGUAUGUUGGACAGCAUCAUAGUUUAUGAUAUUCUUAACCAACCUGAAUCACUGGUAGAUGUUACAGAUUUAGACCAACUUUCAAAUUCUUCAAAGGGAUCCUCCUUUUCACACAAAGCAGAAGAGUUCCAAUCUCAGCAGAAAGAUACUUCGACAAGACAAGCAAGCAAAUGUGAAGAGAACCUGGGGCAAACGAGUGAACCAUGUAUUUCUGACAGAGUGGCUUCACCCCCAAGGGAUGUGGCAAAAGGAGGGUGGGUGCGCUCUUUAAUAGAAUCAGCUAGAAAUCUAUCACCAGCAUGCCAAUCCAAUCCAUCUUCUCCGACAAUGGGGAAGCCUGCUUUAUUUAAAGUAAAAGACAACAAAUUUAGUGCAUCCCCUGUUACCAAAACUGUAAGACCUGUGCUGCACAAAACUGUAUCUGAAAUCUGCCAACCAUGGUCUCCAAGGGGAAGCUUAAGUGGGUCUGAAAAGGGUGAGGAUGUCUUCAAGGACUGUAUAGAAGUGCAAAGUCCAACUGUACUUUCUCCAACUCCACCUUUGACACCUGCCAGAAGCUCCCAGCCCAACCAGUUGUCAAUGCUUCAAAUACUCCCUCCUACCUUUCAAAUCACCACAGACAGGAAGGAGAUGGAUAGUCUAACAGUGCCUGACGAGGAUGAGAAGCGAUCUGCUAUGAGCUCUGUUUCCGAAGGGAUGGAGAGUUGUGGAACAAGCACAGGAGAUACCGUGGAAGAGACUAUAUCCAGCACCGCACCUGCAGAAGACACAGAGGGUUCUAAGGCACCAAGUGAGAGAUCAGAAUCCGUCUGCAGUGGCACUGAUAAUCAAUCUCAGAGCAAGCCUCCAGCUGUCCCUCCAAAAACAGAGAAAGCCUUGCGUCGUGCCAUGAAGCUGACCACAAGGAGGAUCCAGAAAGCAGAGUCCAAAAGCAAACCAGAGCACAAAGGCCGGAGCAGUGAGAAAAGUACUAAUCACAAACCUGAGAGGAGACAUCACAGCAGUGACAGCAGAUCAGACCACAGGGCGCACAGCAUUGACCAAAGCCCUGGGGAAAACAGCAAUGACAAAAUUCUGUCAAAGACUCACAGAAGCGAAAGGCAUGCCAGACAAGAGAACCACAGUAAGGAGAAAGAUAGUAGUAGGAGACAACAUGGCAAUCAAAUUAAGAAUGUACAAGAUGCAAAAAACCACAUCAGUGAAGAGCAAACUGACGUGGAAUCCAAACACAAAGGUCAGCUUGAUGUCCAAAGGAAUGUAGAUGCAGAAUUUGAAAGACCGGGUCGUACUGGUGUCAAAUUUCUGUCUCAUAAGCUGGAUCGUCGGGCUCAAAGUUUGGAUAGAUUCCUGAGUGAUAAACCUGAAAUUAGCACUGUCUCCAGAAUGAAUGAUGCAUCUUCAAAGAAUGUUCGCGCUUCAAAGAGAGCACCUUUGCGUCAAAACAGCCUUGAACAUGCGUAUCCUUCUACCAACAUUGUAGCACAGUCUUUCCCAAUGACCCAACGGAAGCUUUUGCAGGAUCCGGAUUCAGGACAGUAUUUUGUUGUGGACAUGCCAGUGCAAGUCAAGACAAAGACCUUCUUCGAUCCAGAGACAGGAAGUUACGUCCAGCUGCCAGUUCAGUCUCCUGAAGGCUCAGUACCGAAGGCACAGUCCAUGGAAGUUGUGAAUGCACCCUCGCUUGUGCUAUAUCAUGGAUUUGUUCCAAUGUCUGUCUCAUCCUUACCAGCACAGAAAUCCACAGUCAAAUUAGGCUCCAUUGUUACCCCUAACAACUCAGAGGCUUUUGAAUCCAGUGAAACUGAAAGGCAUGAGGACGUUUAUCAGAAACACAAAGCAGUUGGGCGGCCCUACCUUGAGCCUGCACAUGUAUCACAGAAGCACUUAGCAGAAGAUGGAAUUGAUGGUGUUAGUUGAAAACAGAUGAAGAAAAAGACAUUAUAGACCAAUGAAUGGUCUUGAAGUUGGUGUGUCUGUAUUCAGGCAUUUAGACUUUCUUUUCUGAUGAACAUAGUUUUUAAAAAGUGUUUUCACAAGCUGCGGCAUGCCGUUAUGAGAUGGUGUAAAUGUUCACACUUCAUGUGUAAGGAUCUAAUGAACACAAACAAAUUUGUAAAUGUUUCAUUCUCAUCAAAUUAAGGUGACACUAGUUUCCUCACCGCCUGAGGCACUGACUUUUUUGUAAUGAUAUUGUGAGGCUUAGACUGGGCUACUGUGCAAUCAUAAGAAUGUUUAACAAUAGUGCUUUGCCAGUUCAUUUUGAUACAGGUUGUAUUUUAAGUACUUUUGCAGAUGACAGGAUGCACCAAAGAAAUACAUGCAAAAUAGUUGCUUUGUAUGUCUUAAACGGCAUAUUAUAGUGGCCAUAAAUGCUGUUUUUUGGAGUGUAUUUUGGAAUGAAUGAUAAAGGAGUUGUUGGCUUCAUACAAUGUAAACCAUUCCAAUAAAAACCUCUCAAUGAAUAUA